UUGCUUAAUGGGACGGGGGAUUCCCGGAAUUAGAUCUCGCAAAUCUGGCAAAAGAAAAUCAAAUUUUCGCUAUUUACACCUCAAAAAAACCCCUAAAAAUGCACUAAUUAGCUCUUAAGAAAUGGGUUAGAAGCUGCUGAGUGUUCCAGUUGUAUCAUGGCGUCGGGAUUUAGCGAAGAGGGAGAUAAUUUUCGCCAACAACUCUUGGAAAUCGACAAUGGGCUUGGCAAAGAGGAACUUGAAAAGCUUAUUUUCCUGUGCGAAAAUUGCACGCCUGGUUUAUCAUCCUUAAACAUCACAAGUGGACUUGGGCUGUUCAGAGAACUGCAGAAUUGCAACAAGAUAGGCCCAGGGAAUGUACGGUUCCUCAAAUGGCAGUUGUACGCGAUCAAAAGGAACGACUUGGCAUCGAAACUGGCCGAUAAAAAAGAAACAUUCAAAGAUUCAAGUGUUCAAAUAAAUCAGAGUGAUCAACAAGUCAACUCCCCUAUACAAGAAACAACACCUCAAAAGAUUCUCGAUGAGGACAUUAUCGAUGAGCUUUUAUCCCAAGAGUCUCCGCCGAUGCGUAUUUUAUUGCUGAGUGACAAGUGGCAAGCAUGGGGGGAAAGUAUCCCUGUCAUCAACCGAGAAAUGAGCUGUGCGCUCGCACAAACUGGUCACCAAGUCGCCUGUCUUGUUUUGAAAGCGACCGCAGUGGAAAUAGAGGAAGCAAGAUCCCAUAACGUCAACCUUUUUACAUGUGAUGAUGACAACAACAUCUACAAGGGCAAGAUUCAGUCAAUGUAUCACCACGAGACGUUUCCAUUUGAGCCGGAUUUGGUCGUAGGCCAUGGUACACUCACAGGGCCACUAGCAGACCAUUUUGCGAGCAGAUUCUCGUGUCCUCGGGUGCAUGUGUUCCACUGCGUCCCAGACGAAGGAGAGACGUUUGACGAUCAGAGUAUGGAGGAAUGUGACGAGGUUACCCUUGCAAAAAGCGCAGACUUUACGGCCGCCAUUGGUGUUUAUUUGAAAGAUAAAUGGAACAGCGUACUCAAUAAAGAGGUGUUUGAAAUUAUCCCAGGCCUACCCUCCUAUGCUACCGCGAGGAACUCUAUCGCCUCUCCGCAGUGCCGUUGUUUUGUAGCCACAAAUCCUAACGCCCCAGAUUCAAGUGGCCUUGAUAUAGCUGUAUGGGCCCUCAACAAUUGUAGAAGGUCCAAGCUUAAGUACAAAGCAACCCUGAUUGUCCGAAACACGAACCCCAGCAGAACAGGAGAAGUAGAGAAGAAGGUACUGAAGAUUCUGGAACAACACGACAAGGAGGGCGUCGAACUUAACUUCAAGAAGGCGUCUGACAGCAGGCAAGAGCUCGUAGACAUCCAAGGGUCUACUAUGUUUCUUUUGCCAGCACGACGCAGCCCAUUUGGGGUGGCAGCAUUAGAUGCAAUUGCAACAGGUAUACCCGUGUUGAUAAGCUCACAAAGUGGCUUAGCGUAUUUGAUCCGUCAAUACUUUGACGAGAAGUAUCACAGCUGCAUCUUGGACGUCAAAGGUACAGAAGAUCAGGAAAAAGCAGAGGAUGCUGACAGCUGGGCAAGAGCUGUCAGCGAUUUGUUUGAAGAUCGGGAACACGCUUUCCUCUUUGCAUCAGAUUUCAAGAGCCAGUGGGAAAAAGCAUUUUCUUGGAAAAGUACUAUGGAGGUUUUUAUGGCGAAACUAUCCAAAUCUGUAGAACGGCGACCGGUCUCCCCAACAAGCUUCAAUAAAACCGCCGUGCCACGGAUAUCUGAGGAGGACAAGCAGUUGGUCGAAGAGAUGUGCCUUUUUGACAAACGUCAAAAGUUUAUUCUUUUUCUUUCUCCUGAGAACACCAAGGAGAUGCAAGAAGCAGUUUACUUGGCUCAAGUUCGUUGGGCAGCUGUAUUUGAUUUUGACGUUAAUACUGAGGAGACGGGUUUCCUAGCAGCGUGUGAAAGAUAUCUCGAGACGAUGGGAAAGCCAGCUUGCCGAAUGUUACCAAAGGAAGGAGAGCCCAUCAGCAUUCCCAAUGGAACUCCAUGGAUCCUUGUAGAGGGGAACUCAGCAAUUCAAGCGAAUCCCAAGAGCAAAAUUAACUGCUGGAUCUCCAAGUUUUUUGAGCAAUUGAUGAAAAAGCACAGCCAAACAAUCACCUUUGUCCUCGUAUGGAGAAGUGACCCUAAAAUGAAGAAUCUCUGCAAGAAAGUGCGGGACAUCUUUUGCAUUGCCAGCGCAUGUGAGGCCUUUAAGGACUCCAAGGUAUUCAUCCUGUCGACGUCCCCGGAAACAGACGGCCGCAUUGAUGACAUUGCCGAUGACUGGAAAACAGAAAUCAAGCACACGACAGUUGAAGGCUUUUGCGGGGCUAUUUUCAACGAUGCCAUAUCGAAACCCAACAAUCUUCAAGAUCCAGACUUUUCCCUUCCCACAGAUGAAGGCAUGAAAGUGCUGCCAACAUGGCUACGUUGGGUGGAUUCGGAGAUGGCCGUCCUUUACAGCUCUAUAGGCAUUUCUCCAGAGAUGGGAAAGGACGAUGCAAAUCAUUUCUACCGUGGUGGUAGGAUAUCAUGGUACGCAAUCGAGAUGAAUUAUGCUGUCGAGAGAGAGUCAUGGGAGAGGCUAAAAACGGAGAUUAAAGAGAAGGUGAAAUACUCUGGCGCGUCAAGACUGGUGUUUUCUCACCAAAGGGGAACUGGGGGUACUACAUCUUCUAGGAAGAUACUCUAUGACCUUCGAAACGAUUUCCCGUGUGUGUGCCUUAAAGCGAUUAACACGCAUACGCGGGAAGCAAUAACCCAGCUUUGGAGAUUCUGCCGCCGCCCCGUCAUCGUCCUAGUAGACGUCAAGCAAUCACCGGGAGAAGAGUAUGAGAUUGACAUGCUGUUUGAUAGCCUGUCAGAUGAGAGAGUUUCCUGCCUGAUCAUUCAAGUGGCACAUCGAUACACCUCUCUGCGUGGGAAAGUAGAAUUCCAGGAACCAAAAGUAAAGCCAGGAAACAAGCACACUGUGGCUGACACGUUGACCAGCCUGGAGGCUGAUUGUUUUGUGGAAGUGUAUAGCACUCAAAACAAAGAGAGGGCAGGCAAUCUACGACAUCAUCGUCAAGAAAAGAAAGAGCUGCAGAUUCCCUUCUACUACGCCCUGGUGGCAUUUGAGCAGAGAUUCGAGGGUCUUCGGCCUUUUGUCGCCGACUGUCUCGCUGGCCUUACCAAGAAACAGGAAUCGGUUCUGGUGUUCAUGGCAAUGGCCCAUUACUAUGCACAGACCACUCUACCGGGGCCGCAAUUCGCAAGAGCUUUAGGCAUUUCAAAGCGUGCAUGCCACAAUCUUGAAGACUUUUUACCAGAGAAAAUUCUUGAUUUACUUAUUGAAGAGGACGGAUCUUGGUAUUGUCGGCAUAACCUAAUCAGCAAAGAGAUUUUGCGACAGCUGCUGAGUAGACCCUAUGGCAUCAACGAAGAAAACUGGAAAAAUAAGCUUGCAGAAAAAGCUAUCGAUUUUGUCAAGCAUAUGGAUGAGAAGACCUGUAGUGAGAUGCUUAUCAUCCGAGAUGAUGAUCAUGCGAAGAACUUUUUCUCGGCGCUUGUGAUGGAUAUCCCUGUCGACGAAGACGUCGUUAAAGUUUUUGAGGAGACAAUCGCAGUUUUCCCAACAAACCCGUACUUCAAAGUACACCUUGGUCGGUAUUACAGCAAAACAAUGAAAAAUGGUUUCAAAGAUGCUAUCAAAUACACCAACGAAGGCAUCCAGUGCGCAGCAGAUUACAGAAGUCAUGUCAGAAGUCGAUUUACGCAAAUGAAAGGGAUGGUAUACAAGCGUCAUGUCCAGAAUUUAAUUUAUGACCCUUCUUCCAAACUUGCAGACAUAAUCAGCUAUGCAGAGAAAGGCAUCGCCUCCUUUAAACGCGCUGUUAGUAUUUGCCAAGAGCUAUGCGAAGAGAACUACAUCCCCCUUGUUGCAAUGAUGUGCCAAAUCUUCAAGCAUGUUGACAAGACGCAAGGAGGACUAGCCGAGUAUCUGAGGUCAUCAUCAAGCCAAGAAAGUAAGUUUUUGUUGGACAGUCUGCUUGAAACUGCUGAUGACCUCGAAAUGGUGUCAGAAAGUGAUCAGUACCCGCACUGGCGCCGACAACUCUACUCUUUCCAGAUGGGAAAACACAAAGGAAAGUCAUGUGAGCUGCUCAAGCUUUUCAAGGACUUUAAAGAAUCUGGAAAGGCUAGUAUUCCAUCUGUUAACCGAGAAAUCGUGCGAGUUUGGGUAGACCUUUGUUCGGAGAAGGGUGUACCCCUUGAAAGAGAAGCGGAGGAAAUGAUCCGCUUGCUAGAUGAAUCCUUGAAGCAUCGUAGUCGAAUUGACUCCACCAUGCGACUGUGGAUGAAGAUUGCGCCCCAUGUGCCGGUUGAGAUCCACGUUGCAGAGGCAAAGGUUGGCGUAUGGUGCUCGAAUGACAAGUCAGUCUGGUCCUGCUUUUACUCCUACAUCUUUUCUUGCAUGAGAAUUCUAGAUGGGGGUAAGCACUAUUAUGACGAAGCAAUGAGGAACAGCCACGAAGACCUGCUUGUUGCAGUGAGAAACAUGCGACGCUACGACGUUGGCCGCAUCAGACAACCGGACCGCCCCAUCCUCUUUCUUGGCGAUGGAAAGGGAAUGAAGAAGCUUGUCACUCUAGAUGCCCAGUCCUGGGACGUACGAAAGAGCCGCUCAAUUGACAUGAAGUACCUCGACAAGCUGCAUCGCUACGAGGGUGUCAUCAACAAAACUGACAAAACAAGUAAAAAUGUAGGGGAGAUAUUAAUGUCUUGUGAUCUUGCUGUCUCAUUCCGGCCUGAUCUUUGCGAGCCACCAUUGGUCGGAGAAUCAAACUUGUAUAAAAAAGUACACUUCUACAUGGCGUUUAACUUUUUUGGCACGGAGGCCUACAACGUCAGGUUAAUUGCUCAGUGACUUGAAUGCUUGAACUUUAUUUGGCGUACUCAUUUCAACUAAUAUGGAUUAUAACCAAAACAUGACUAUAUGGCGGUUUUGUACGUUUACCUUUCUCACAGGCUUGUAGAGCCAGAUAUACGGAUGGAUGUUAGUAAACGUUUUCGGAGCUAGCUCCUUCUUCAGACAGCGAUAAAA